AUUGAAAACAUAGAUGCAUGCCUGAGUUUCUUGGCUGCUAAGGGGAUUAACAUCCAGGGGCUGUCAGCAGAAGAAAUCAGGAAUGGGAAUCUAAAGGCCAUCCUGGGCCUCUUCUUCAGUUUAUCCCGGUACAAGCAACAGCAGCAGCAGCCACACCACCAUCCGUCCCAGCAGGCUCCCCCAGCAUCCCAGCAAGCAGGGCCUCCAUCCCAGUGCCAGGUCGGGGUUCCAGCUCCGCUCCACACUCCGUGCCAACAGCCCCCGCAAGCUGCGCAGCACCAGUUCAAAGCACAACCAGAAAUGCAGUCCAGUGCAUCUCCCAGGGACUCAUCCCAAAGCAAAAUCAUCCGAUUCACUCUUGGUCAGAAAAGGUCUUCUAGACUUCCAGGUCCCACCACGAGGGUGUCCACUGCUGGCAGUGAGGCCAAAGCUCGUGGUUCUAUUAGUGCCAACAACCGACGCAGCCAGAGCUUUAACAACUACGACAAAUCUAAGCCUGGACUUCCUCCUCCAACCCCAACAAGCAGCAGUGACAAAGAGCCUGCAGACAGCACAGCCUCCCAGCCCACAGGAAUGAAUGAAAAUGUCUCAUCCUCAGUUCAGGGCUGCGGCAGCACUGUUAGUUGCAAUAACUCAUCAGCCAUCCCUCAGCCCAGCUCUGCUAUUAAACCCUGGCGCAGCAAGUCCCUCAGUGCUAAGCACACAGCUACGUCUUCCAUGUUAUCCGUAAAGCAGCCGACGGUGGAGCCUCCAAAGCCGCCCUCGGAAAUCGCCAAAACGACUCCCAACGGUCAGAAAUCCAUGCUCGAGAAACUAAAACUCUUCAACAGCAAAGGAGGUUCCAAAGCGGGAGGGACGGCGCUGGAGGCUCCGGGGUCUCGGGACAACAGUUGUGAAAAGCUGGAGGCGCUUCUCAGCUUCGAGGAGAGCGAGGAGAUCGAUGCCGCCAAUCAGAACGUGAACAACCCGGGGUCGAUGUCCAGUAGUCCCAAAAUUGCACUCAAGGGAAUUGCACAAAGGACUUUCAGCCGGGCGCUAACUAAUAAGAAAAGUUCUCCAAAGGGUAAUGAGAAGGAGAAACAGAAAGAGAAGGAAAAGGAUAAAAGUAAAGACGUUACAAAGAGAACAUCUAUCACCGAAAAGCUGGACCUGAAAGAGGAACCAAAAGAGGAACAGACAGCACUAGCAACAACAGAGAUGCCAAAAAAGUCCUCCAAGAUCGCAAGCUUUAUCCCUAAAGGAGGAAAGCUGAACAGUGCCAAGAAGGAGGCCUCUGCCCCUUCGCACAGUGGAAUACCAAAACCAGGAAUGAAAAACACCACAGGGAAAUCCUCAAGUGCCCCCGUCCCCGCAAAGGAAGGCGAGAGGAGCCGCGGCGGGAAGGCCGGCUCGGGGCUCUCGCACCAGAAGUCCCAGCUGGACGGCCGUCACUCCAGCUCCUCGUCCAGCCUGGCUUCUUCCGAGGGAAAAGGCGUGGGAGGCCUCAACAGCAGCAGCAGCAGCCAGGCUGUGAACGGGCCCGCCGUGACAACGCACACCACAGGGAGCAAUACUGUGAGCGUUCAGCUACCUCAUCCCCAGCAGCAAUACAGCCACCCCAACACCGCCACGGUCGCCCCCUUCAUGUACAGAUCUCAGAAGGACAAUGAAGGGAACGUAACAGCCGAGGCCAGCACAGGAGGGGUCAGCAUGGAUUCUGCCCUUUAUGUCAAAACUGCCCAGCCUGCUCUCGAAGACCUCUCAGGAGAGGACCCAGAGACGCGGCGGUUACGGACUGUGAAGAACAUCGCUGACCUUCGGCAGAACCUGGAGGAAACCAUGUCCAGCUUGAGGGGAACCCAGGUCACUCACAGCACGCUGGAGACCACGUUCGACACCAACGUCACCACCGAGAUCAGCGGCCGCAGCAUCCUCAGCCUGACGGGGCGCCCGACCCCGCUGUCCUGGAGGCUGGGGCAGUCCAGCCCUCGCCUGCAGGCGGGCGACGCCCCGUCCAUGGGGAACGGGUACCCGCCCCGGGGCAACGCCAGCCGCUUCACCAGCGCCGAGCCCGGGCGCUACGUGUACUCGGCCCCCCUGCGCCGGCAGCUGGCGUCGCGCGGCAGCGGCGUCUGCCACGUGGACAUCUCGGACAAGGGCGGCGACGAGAUGGACCUGGAGGGCAUCGCCAUGGACGCCACCGGCUACAUGAGCGACGGGGACGUGCUGGGCAAGAACAUCAGAGCUGACGACAUCACCAGCGGGUACAUGACUGAUGGAGGUCUGGGCCUCUACACCAGGAGGCUGAACCGGCUUCCCGAUGGAAUGGCUGCGGUGCGGGAGACGCUGCAGCGGAACACGUCCCUGGGGCUCGGGGAUGCUGACAG